AUGCGCCAAUUCCUUGGUCUCUGGGCCCUUGUGGCUCAACUUUUCCUCAUUUCCACACUCAUUUCCAUCUUAUCAAUAGGCAAUGCAGUUGCUGCUGGCAACUAUAUGGACCGCUUUAACAUUCCGGCAAACCACAUCCAACUGGAAUGGGCCAAGUCCGGCUCGGGCCUGCAAGCCUACGAAUACAAAGGGAAGACGUACAAGUGGCUCCCGCGUAACCAGACAGCGGGAGUCAAAGUGGGUUAUGCAGCAAUGUGGGAUCGGUCCAGUAAGGGCUACUGCACACGAAACGAUGCAGAGAUAGACACUCAGCGUUAUUUAGGCCAGCGGCUUAUGGCUGUGGGGGCAUGUCCUAAUUAUGGGAAGUACAUUGCAUUUGUCGAUAGGGCGGGAAGUCCAGCAGAUGAUAUAGAUAGGUUCACCAACGAAAUUCAUGGAAACACGAUGCCGUUCUCGACGCAGGGCUGCUCCUCUUCCGCCUCACCCGGAGCAUCUGAAGUACCCAUGGACAAGUCAGGAUGGAGUAUGUAUUCUGGGUAUUUGGUCAAAUGCCCAUUUAACCAGGCUGUCUAUCAGAAUGAUAUGCUGCAAGACGCCGAGUAUGACCCCGAAGUCUGCAACUUUGUCACUUUAGACAAUCCCCUGGUCUUCCUUGAUACCUCAUUGCCAGGAGCAUCUCUAGCCAACAAAGCUUAUGCCUUCCACGGGAAAGGAGGGCACCAAGGAUAUGACUUCGUUGGGAGCGGUGUCGGCUGUCCCCCCUACUCCCCUCCUCUGAAGACGCACUCUAUGAAAACUCCCAGCCUCGCUAGCGACCCGUUCCUGUGUUCCCAAUUGUCACGUUGCACCAGCAUGUGCUGGCCCUGGGACACGAACAGGCCCUGCUACCGCAGCUUACCUGCCUCUUUCAACCACUCCACUUCAGAGUGUCUUAUCCUUGGAUACCACACGCAAACGUAUAUGGGAAGCAAUUGUGCAGUCAAGACAGCAACGGAUUCAAAUGCGAAGUACUGUGUGAAAGCCCACAAGACUGUUGCUUCGUCGAACUACACAUACGUCACGGCGUUCACCAGACCCGAUUACGAAACAGCUUGCCCUCCGAGAGAACCUUUGAAGAACGUCAUGUUUGGGACCAUUUCAAACGGAGUGUGCACUCAGCUGAAAGCGACCUCUUCUUCCACAGGAGCAGCAGGACAGUGCGGAGAGGCAGUUUUCGAGGCAAGCAGCGAUGACAGCCCGUCCGGGGUGGGAGGUACUGGUAGCUCAUCGAUAUUUUGGUCUACAUGGUUGCCUGACGGCUCUAGCAACAGUCAGACGGGCACCUGCAACCUGUAUUCCACAGUACCGAAUUGCAUAUUUACAGUAGACGGGGCGAUUUCUUUCACUGCGCUGAGUGCCGCUGAUCCCAGUCUUGCAAAGGAACCCCCUUCUGAAGCCAUCCUUCCAGGGCCGUGCUCCUCUAACCCUUGCCAAAAUGGUGGCACAUGUGAACUUCCCAGUGGGACGUGCAAGUGUCCUGCUUGCUUCACAGGGGCCAACUGUGAGACUCCAGUGUCAGGAUGUUGCAGUUCGGACGCGGACUGCAACGGUCACGGAUCGUGCGAAAGCAACAAGUGCAAAUGCAACGCAGGAUUCAGUGGUGCAAUGUGUGAAACUGGAGCUUGUGACAAUGUGACCUGUAUGAAUGGUGGCACCUGUCAGAUGCCCAGCGGGGCCUGCAGCUGCGCUGACGGAUAUAUGGGCUCGCGAUGCGAAACCAGCGUUUGUGACACAGUCGUUUGCGAAAACGGCGGGGAGUGCGAGAUGCCAUCAGGAAAGUGCAAAUGCCCCGCCUGCUUUUCGGGAGAUCGCUGCCAGACCGAAAACCCCCGGUGCUGUGAAGCAGACAAUGAUUGCAAUGCCCCUCAAGGCACGUGUGUAUACAACAGCUGCCAGUGCGCCCCUUCGGUUACGGGAGACAAAUGCGAUAAUAGCGGGUGCGCUGGAGUCACUUGUUUGAACGGUGGCGUCUGCAACGACUUGACGGGGCACUGCAAGUGCCCCAAGUGUUACAGCGGGCUCAACUGCGAGACCUUUGAAAGCAACUGCUGCGAAUCUGACAACGAUUGCAAUUCGCCCAAUGGUGUUUGCAACAGUUCUAACGUAUGCGAAUGUGCUCCGGAGUUUCCAGCUCCCAAUUGCAAGGACUUGUGCUCAGACGUGCAUUGCAGCAACGAUGGAAAAUGUGACCCGAAAACUGGACAGUGCGAAUGCCCACCUGGUUGGGGAGGGAUCGAGUGCACUGUACAAAAGCCUUGCGGAGAAGGUGGAAAGAUAUGCUCGGGGAACACCACAUGUGAUGCUGCAACCUCCACCUGCGUAUGCAAGCCAGGUUAUACAGGCGAGGACUGCACAGAAAUGUCUCCGGAGUGCAGUGAGCUCUGCAAAGUGGGGGGGAAAAUCAUAAGGGACAGUGAAGGAGAGUGCACCAUUGAUUGCUACUCAACGUGUUGCAAAUACUUGGUGGGAACAUGCGGAGAACAGUCGGAUGAUAACAAAGAACAGUGUGUUAAAGACGCACUUGGCGCAACAGAGGAGGAGGCAUGUUGCCUUGCACGCGUCGAGGGGAUCAUUAUAGCAGUUCUACUGCUUGGAGGCGCUGGAGGGAUGUACUAUAAGAAUAGUCAUGGGCCACCUCCUUCGACUUCCCCACCGGAAAACCCAAUAGAUGAGACAGUGGGGGGAACAGACCGACCAGCUAGGGCCGAGUCAGCCAUCUCAGUCGACUUCGAGGACUAUGCAAGUACCCCCGAUGAUGCGACAGGUGACAUUCACGCGGAAGGUGAAACCGCGCAAGAAGCAGAAUGGGAUGGUAUGCCUCAUGCCACGCUCGCAGCUUAA